UCUGAGCAGCGGGAGGACCACCCCAACCCCUGAACCUGAAUCUACCCGCCCUGCCAGUUUAUAAAUACCGCUUGGAUUACGCCGGCAAGUCUUGGUCGUCAGAAACGCUCAGGGUUGCAGCAGAACAUCCCCCCUCGUCUUAUCCCCUUUCAUCGUUUCUCUGUUUUUUAAGAAAAUCUCACGCAUCAUCCAUUCUCACUCCCACUAUACCCCUAUUUUUUCCCCCGAACUGUAGUUGUUUUUUUGCGGCCAGUUGCAUGCAUUUAUCGUCUCCCAAAAUGGUUUGCGAGACUAAAAUUGUUGCGGACGAACACGAUGCUAUACCUGGGACCAAAAAAGAGUCAAUCAUGUGGGGCUCUCCUUCGUCCAGCGCGGCUCUGAACCCCGCCGAGACUAAGGAGGAUGUGAGGAAAGAUGCGGUUUUUAUCCGCGAGUUCGAGCGCGGGGAUCAAGAGGAGGUGCGGCGCAUCUUUUACGAGGGUAUUAUGGAGAGGAUACCCAACACGGCGUUUAGGGGGCUCAGGCAGCAGCCCAAGACUCAGUUUUUGUAUGCUCUUUUGACAGUAAUGUGCUUUUUCGUGACCAAAUCCGUCACGCUGACCUGCUGUGCACCCCUCAUUCUAAUGGGUGCACGCUACUACUACAGCAGGAAAGUUAUCCAGAGUUAUCUGGACUGUGCUCUGCAAACGGACAUGGCUGACAUAGAGGCUUAUUACAUGACACCCACAGGCUCCUGUUUCUGGGUGGCAGUGCUUGAUGGACGUGUGGUUGGGAUCGUGGCUGCGCAAGGCCGUGAGGAUGAAAACACGGUUGAGCUGCGGCGCAUGUCGGUGGACUCCCACUACCGUGGCAAAGGCAUCGCAAAGGCACUUGGUCGUCGUGUUCUGGAGUUCGCCGUGCGCAACAACUACGCCGCUGUGGUCCUCGGCACGACGGCUGUCAAGCUGGCCGCCCACAAGCUGUACGAGUCGCUGGGCUUCCGCCAAACGGGCCAGAGCGAGGACUACAGGCUCCCUGGGAUGAACCGCUCGCCGCUGCAGAGGCUCUUCUUCCAGAUCCGCUACAGCCGCUACCGCUUGCAGCUCCGUGAGGAGUGAGAGGUGACAGGGAGAGAGAGAUGGAGAGGGGGAGAUGGAGAAAGCGAGGGACAGAGAGAGAGAGCAACGACCCUCCUUCACCUGAGAGCCCCGACCGCAUCCUCUCCUCUGACAGCUUUUAUUUAUUUUGUGUCAUUAGAGAUAACUCCGAGUACAACUUAACACUUCUACUAUUUCAUCUUUAAAGUCACUAACGUUUUCAUUACUAUUAUGCUUUUGUUGCUGUUGUUUUUGUAUUAUACUUUUACAUUUUAAAUAAGAGUUUGUUUCUUUUCCUCUAUUUUAUUAAGAUAUUUUUUGUACCUUUAUCCCUCCCUUUCCAUUGUGGGAGAAAAAAAAUUGGCUUUUAUAGAAGACAUCUAACUGGCACCCCAAGUAGGCACCCUCCCCUGUCCCUUUGGUUUUAAGAUCAUGUGACUCUGAUCAAUACUCCUCAUCAUUAUUAUUCAACAAUGCCCUCUUUACCCUUCCCCCAUUACCUCAAGCCUUCCCUUCCCUCCCACAUUCUCCUAAUUUUCCCACAGCAGAAUUUAUCAGAAGCAGGGCAGUGCCAUUAAAUAUUUGCACUCGGUUUCAUUGGGGGGGGUGGACAGAGCAAUGGACGGGUUGGGAGGGGCCGAUGGCUUCCUCCAGAGCAAAACACACAAAAAGAAGUGCUGGGGGAGAUUGUGGUAGACACUCUCUUUUACAAAAAAAUCUCUGCAAUGUUGCAUUUUGUGUGUGCACUGUACACAGAGCAUGGUCACACACACAAAUCAAGUCAUUUUGGCUUUUAGCCAAUCGCUCAAGACACCAUAUUGAAGCACAGCGAGAGUGUGUUACUGACCCCCAUAGUGAGAGAAAAGGAUGGCAGGAUGGUUACCGGAAUAUGCACUGUGUAUCCUGCGUCCUGGAUGGAUUUGAAUCAACACAGUGCAUCUUCCUCACACAUCCUCCUCUUCAUUCUCCUCACUGACUAUGUGAUUGGAUCUCUCCUUCCCUCCUACUGUUUCCUAUCAUCAGUUAACCACUGCUUUUCUCACCAGAGCUGUGGAGAGGGUCUGUGAUUGGGUUGAGGUGAAUGAAGGGUGUAACUUUCUCGCUGCAGCGUCACACUGACAGAUCCUAAGAUACAAUAUAGCUGCAUGACAGAGCUUGUGGAUGUAUGUACGCUUGACUGUUCAGAGUGUGUGUGACUGUGUGUGUUUGUGUGUGCGUGUGUGUUUGAUGAGCUAUGGUCAGACAUCAGACCAUGUCUCAACAAUGUCUCAACUAUUUUUAUUUUGCGUGAAUAGACACGCACCUUCCUUGCUAGAGUCAAGUAUUAUCUAACUAAACACUUUCUAUGUGUACUUAUAAAAUGUUUAUUGAUUGAAGAAAGAUCAAUUCUAACAUUUUGAAUAUGUUUAGUAUUUGACUGACAAUUAGUAAUUUUAUAACUUUAAACACAUAUUACCACAUUGUAAUAUGCAAAUUUAACUGACAAAACCUAAACAAAUAGUAGCUACACUCCACAUACUUAAUCCAAGUUAUUGGGGAACAACUUGGGUAAGACAUGACUACUAGCAAUACUUGCAAACCUAAAGUACAUAACUGAGCACAAACAGCAAAUAAUAAUUUACACCAAUAUAUUGGCAUUAGUAUUCCCCAUGUAUUUAUAUUGUGUAUACAGUUGAAAACUCGUGUAGCAAACAAAACGUCAAAGUUUCUCCCAUAACACCUCUCUCCAUCUCCCAUCCUCCGACCAUACAACCAGCAGUAUAUUCAGCCAUCCACGACUCUGAGCCUAAGUUCUGUCAUCACACCAUUGGUAAAAAUUAAAAUAUGAAACAAAAUACAACAAAAAAAAUCACAUAAGAUAAAAAAAAGAUGAAAAAAAAUUGAAUAUAAAUGUAAUUGUCAUGAAAUUAGCACUGACCCUCCUUGCCUUGCCACCCUUUCCCGCCUAAACUCUCCCCAUUCAUUAAUCUGUCUGCAACCCUGGGCUAGACCCCACACCUUCCAUUUAAACCCUGCACACCCUCCACUGACCUUUAACCUUCCCUGCCCCAGGCCACACCCAUUCCCUGCCCAUGUCUGCAUGCGCCACAGAGCCUUGCUGCACUGCUUUUAUUAUUCCACUUGAAGCUUGUUGGUCCAACCCUAGACCCUGCCCUUACCCUGAUGUCAUCUAGGCAGUGUGACGCUCCAGGACUGGCUGGUGCCGGGUUGCAAGGCUGAUGUAUGGUCGUAUGAGUAUCUGGUGUGAUGCAGAAGACACAGAAAGUGAGAGAGAAAAUGUGUGUGUGUGUGUGUGUGUGUGUGCGUGCGUACUCACCAACGGCAGCACUGCCUGGAUGACAUCAUGCCUGCCAGCCAACCAACUGUAGAAUGCAAAAAGCAAUGCAAGUGUGGCAUGCCUCUGUACCCAGUGUGUGUACGGUGCCUGCCCUGGAAAAGUGUAGAAAAAAAUGUACUGCUUUAUAUACGAUAUAUACGACAUAUAUAUCUAUAUAAAGAAACAAAACUUAUUUUUUAGAAUCAACAUAUAAAAGAAAUGUGUGUUUCUUUGUUUGGGAAAAAAAAAAGAUAAUUGUACCAUUUGCAUGAAAUGUGUCUUUGAAUGCAAAUAUAACAUUUAGGGGAGAAACUCCUAGCACAGGCAUACAGUGGAACCAUAGAGUUGUACAUUUUUUAUAAUGGUUUAUUUUAAAUUAUUUGAAUUCUCUGCAAUCAAGACAAGGAUGUGAAAUUAAUACCAGCCACAGGCCAGUGCUCAUGAAUCUUUAGGAGGUAGCCAACCGUUGUUUAGAAGUUGUACACUAUUCUUAAAGCCUUGCUCAAUUUGAAAGUGGCUAUUGACAUUCAGAUUUAUCCAUCACUGACUGGAGGACAGAAAAGUUACGUUUUUUACCCUUUAUUAGGGGAGUGAGGACAUAUGAUUGAAAGUAUCGCAGCUCUUCUUCUAUUAAACCAGCUUGUGGAAAGGUUCCCAAACACUUCGCAGGACUAAGAUCAUCAAUGGGCAUUCAACAAAUGAUGACAGAGGAAAAAUGUAUUCCCAUGCAGUACAUAAUGCAGAAUGUUUACGAGCAUCAAGUGAUUCAAAUUCAAGUCCUUUGCCAAAUUUAUCAUAUGCAGAUAAAGAAAACAGGUAGCAGGGUAGUGUAAUGGUUUUCAGUGACGGUCAAAGCCGUUUCCUGUCAAAAGUGUCCUCAAACCCUACUGGACCUCCAUCUAUGUAAGCUAAAUGCCUAAAACUAGACAGUACGUACAUGCUUCUUUUGCAUCGAACUUUCUUUCCAUAAUAUAUAUUUUUUUAUUUAGGGAUGUACCUUACAUAACACCCAGAAUGGACAAAAGUUGACCUUAGCUACUUUAAGCGGUUGAUGUCCCAUAAAAAUAAAGCUUCUUCCCCUUCCCUCCGUUUGUUCAAGCAAUGUGCCCGAGUCACAUUUGGAGCAGGCUUAGCUACCGACAACUCCUUUGUCUUUUAAUUGGAGCUGACCUAAUUUAAUUUAAAUUCUGCAAAGUAAAAGCAAGGCACAAUUGCACUGAAAGCAUCAGACAGUUUUCAAAAACACACAAGAUGUUUUCACCGGGCGAACAUGUGGAGGAUGCCUCACACCACUUUGAUGCGUCUGCUUUGAAGAUGCUGGAGAGUCAAAAGAGGACCCCGCUGUAUUUUGUGACGUUUCAGGAGCAACAGCUACCACUGACCUUCAUAGGGCACUUACAAACUUCCCACUAAGCUAAUGGUAACAGUUGACAACAGCAAAACUACAGUGUGAACACUAUACAGAAAUAGGUUCUGGUUUCUCUCCAAAUACAAGAAUCAGACUAUAAACCAUCACCUGAAGAAAAUUUGAUAUCACAGUUGUGAAAUGUAGGGGUCAGUGGAGCUGAGGCUUUAGAAACACCACAGCUGAGACACAUUUGGAGUCAGUUAUUACUGCCAGUGUGUUUUGGUCCUUAAUGUAUGACUAAACCCACUCUUUAAAGACUUGGGUGAGGUCCGAAGGUUGAGAGUGAGAGGUGGACACUGUUGAGGUGGUUGUAAAAAAAAAAUAAAAAUAGUGGUCUGGAUCUUGUGGAAGAACGUGAAGUCCGUCAGUUCUGAGCCAUUUCUGCUGCUCCCAGUCUCAGUUUCUGCCACAUGAAAUUUAAGACACUCCUUCAUGUAUUUUCUGGAGAAGUUAUUAUCCAUACUGGUACAUAUGAACAAAGGUAAUAUCAUUAAAAAUGCCUUUGCCAAGGCCUUAUGCACUGGAAGCAAAUGCUGGAGUUAAAAUAUCUUGUGGACUGCAUGGCUCAAGGUAGUUAAAGGGUGAUUUAGAAUUGUAAAAAUGAAGUGCACUGACUAUAAUGCAUUUAUUUCUAGUCUGAGCAAUGUCUGUUUUCUACUUCAUGUGAAUGCAAUGCCCUGUGAAGUAUCACCUCCCAUUUAAAACUGGUAUUGCAUACGUAAUGUUAGAAUGUAGUAAUUAAACUGUAUGCAACUUCUACCAGAGUGUAAAUUUAGUUACAAACCAUUCCUCUGAAAUGUUCUGCUGAUGUACAAUCCAAAAACAAUCUCACACUUUUUUUAAAUUUGGUUUUCUGUGAUUUGUUUGAAUGCGAGUGUGCUGUCCUAUUGGUUGAGGUUUGAGAAGGUAUGCUGCAUAAAGAAGGCUCUUUUAGUUUAGUGCUUUAGAGUCCAUAAAUGACCAUCUGAUGCUCUCUCUCUGAUGGCAGACACAGAGGCCUAAGCUGAGGCUAUUGAAGCUAACGCUUCAACUUCAGAAGUUUUAUAAAUCCUAAAACAUGGCUGUUAAAAUAAUCAAACACUAAAAAUAUCAGUAUUUGUCAUGAUCAGUAUUUCAUUCAGUUUAUCAACUGGUGAAGGAGCAUAUAAUUCUGCACAAAUGUACAGAUCCUGUGGGUGUGUUGAUGGUGUGUGUCUAUGCUCAGCAGCCUUGGGGGAGAACACUCACAGGCAUGAAUGUAAACUGCCAGCAUUUAAGGUCUUAAAAAGGUUUUUAUGUUUUAAAUCUUUCCCAGUUGCUUUUUUUACUUUAUGAAUGAGAAGAAUGGUGGGGAAAGGAUGAAAAGCAGCUAUUGGUUCUUUCAUUAAGUGACUAAACCACUACAUUAGGCGUUAGACAUUUUGUGUGAUUGUAAAUAGUCGUAUCCUACCUAUUGUCAAUGUAUUAUUUUCUGCAAACUGUCAUCUUUGCUGGUUUUAACCAAUCCCGAUGGAGUAUAUUUUUGUCUCAGAAGAUGGCUGUCGCCUGGAAUGUUCCACCUAACGAGGAGGGCGAGGGGUGAGGGAGGAAUGUGCCACAUUGGCAGUUAAAUGGGGGGGAGGGGGCGGCGGGAGGAGGUCUGCAGCAACAGAGCUCCACAGCAUGGACUCCCUCUCUCUCUCUCUCCCUCUGGUGAGGAUUUUGCUCUACUGUGGCAAAUACAGAAGGACUCACAAUUGGACUGAGGCCACAGGUGCCAAGAACACAUAAGCACUUGUAGCACAACUGUGUCUUGUUUUGCUAUUACAGUACAGAUAGUUUUGAUUUUUUACAUUUCCUAUGAAGAAUAUGGAUAAAGAUUCUCUUUCUGCUGUAUGAGUCAUAAGCAUAUAUACAAGACAUGAUACCAUGAUGUAUAACUUAUGUAUACUUCGACCCAUGGCUAUUUAUGGAGGUGAAAAUUUGUCAAAGGUGACAGUAAUUGCUGCAUUUUUAUUCCUUAUGUGGCUAACUUUUGUUCAACACAAUCCUGUACUUACUUGGUUAUUAUAUGGCAAAGAUCCUGCCCACGUGCCAUCUAAUCAAGCAAUAAAUUCAAACAAACAGACAAAACAACAAAAUACAGUACUGGCAUACUAUCAACAAUGAUUUUAUUGAAUACAUAAAAUGCUGCAUUGAUGUUAUAUCCCUUAUACUGUACCAAUUAGUGGCAAUGAUGCCACCACAGUUUUGGCAUUGCGACAUUACCACUCAUUAUAUCGAAGCCUGAUGGGGUGUUUGAUUGUAAAAUGUUUCUGUUUUUUUGUAUUUUUCUUUACAAAGAGGUGUCAAUGAUGUGUUUUUUUAAACUCGAAGUCGAAAUACACAGGUGUACCUCUGCAUAUUUGUACAGAUGUCAAAGGAAAUGGGGAAAAUGACAAGAGGGGUAUAAUGGAUGCUAAAGAAUGAGCAGUUCAAGCAGACAGGAAAAAGAUGGCGUAGCCACACUCUGAAAGUGCAAUCUGCUGUCAGUCUCUUAACUGAGCUUUUAUCUAACCACAAAAGACUUCCGGUGAACUUAUAACACGGUAUUCAGUGCAACUUCACUACCACCACUCUGUUAGUACAAUUAAAAAUAAUCAAUUAAAAACACAUUGCAGCUGCCAGAAUCUAAAGUCUCAAUCAUGUUGACUUUUCUAACAAGCGAGGUUCAAAGUCUUUCUUUGAAUCUGUAAUUCAGUAUCUGUAAAGUUGUAAAGUAUAUUUUACUGUAAAUAGCAUCAGGGGGUCAUUUUUACUCCUUUUGUAAAAGAACUGUGGAAUUAAAUUUUAAAGAUAUUUACAGCACUAAUAAAGAGAUUCUACAGUAGUGCAGGUGUCUUCAUCUGUAUUACCUCAUGACAAUCCCAUGCGGACUAAUGGCCGCCACUUUCAGGGGCUACAGCGCACGCCACCUUAGCCUUGGUGUCUCUGUCCCACACUGAUGGGUCCGGACACAGCCUUCCUUGUCCUGCCUGUCUGCUUGAACUCUCAAGUCAUCAGAGAGAACCUAAAACACAGCAACAGCAACCGCUCUGUUAGCUUAUAGCACACACCAGGCAUGGCCAUGAAUGUCAGUGGCUCUGGACUGAGCUAUCUAGCUUUAGCAAGCUGCUGCAGUGCAAGGGGAUCUUUCUGCCCUGGAGCCCUGUCAUGGCCUGUUGCCAGGAAACCGACCCACACAAAGCACAGCAGGGGGGCUGAUACACAGCCACGCUGUGGGGAGGCAGGCAGGUCAACCAGCUGGCCAUGAUAGUGGAACUGGAAGGACUUCUGGGGGGAAGGGAGCAAAAUUGUAACUAUGGGAUCUUUGUAAACCAGGGGUUAGGGGACCUGUAGGGGCAGGGGUAGUUUGGCUACGGUGAGGAAUUUGAGAAAAGGGGCCCUGAGGCAUGUAAAGUACAGCAGUAAGCAAAUAGUGUCUGGGGUCAAGUGGGUAAGAAGAAGACAAAGAGAGAAAAAGCAGGGUCACAGUUAUAGGCAGGUAUGGUGUGGGACAAGAUUCAUAAGGUCAAGCAUGGUGUGGUGAUUUAGUGUUAACAGGGAGAGACUGCAACAUAGUGUAGACACAGUUGGUACACCGGUCUGCCCGACCUCAGUGAGACUGCAGUGACAACCUGGUUUUUAUUGGGGGUCUAUUAGCUUUCAGUUCCCUUUCUGCCAUUCCUUUCGGAGACUGCUGUAUUACCACACUGGGAUUACUAUUAUUAUUGUUGAUUAUUAACCCUUUCUUUUAUACUGACAACAACUGGAACACUGUACAGAUGUAAAGAUGGCAUUUCCUGAAUUAUGACGAUGAUUGAAACAUGGAUGUACAUAAAUUGUAUCAAUUAAAAAUGAUGAUGCAUUAAGCUUUUA